UGCCUGCUAUCAAGCCCGCCGCCUCGCGUCAAGCUGGGAGUAUACCGACUGCAUUUUAAAACAUUAAUUUAAAAACGAAUUAGAACCGUAUAUCUGAACACAACUCGUUAGUGCGGUGCAAGAAGCGUUUUGAAAAUGCAAGCCAUAAAAUGUGUGGUGGUCGGCGACGGGGCUGUGGGAAAAACCUGUCUGCUAAUCAGCUACACCACCAAUGCCUUCCCAGGAGAGUACAUCCCCACAGUGUUCGAUAACUACUCUGCCAAUGUGAUGGUGGAUGGAAAGCCCGUCAACUUGGGCUUGUGGGACACAGCAGGACAGGAGGACUAUGACCGUCUCCGACCCCUGUCUUACCCUCAGACGGAUGUCUUUUUAAUAUGCUUCUCCUUGGUGAGCCCAGCCUCCUUUGAAAACGUCAGAGCAAAGUGGUACCCGGAGGUGCGGCAUCACUGCCCCAACACCCCCAUCAUCCUGGUGGGCACUAAGCUGGACCUGCGGGAUGACAAGGACACCAUUGAGCGCCUGAGGGACAAGAAGCUCUCGCCCAUCACCUACCCGCAAGGACUCGCCAUGGCCAGAGAGAUCGGGGCAGUGAAGUACCUGGAGUGCUCUGCUCUGACACAGCGGGGGCUCAAGACGGUAUUCGACGAGGCCAUCCGCGCCGUUCUGUGCCCACCUCCAGUGAAGAAGCGCGGCCGAAGGUGCACGCUCUUCUGAGAGCGCCGGCCGACGGGCCGCCCACCUCACACGACCAUACAUCUGCCGUCGUCGUCAUGACAAACACCGGUGUGCCACCCCAGAACUACCACUACCACCACCCCAAACAACAGCAACAACAACAACAACAACAACAACAACAACAACAACAACGCCACCACAGAGUACCAGCUCUUAUCGCGGGAUGGGAUUUGUCAGUGUGCAGAUACAGUUGUAGUCCUGGUUGGAAGGGGGUAGGCGUCUUUUUUUCUGUUUUGGUGAACCUGUGCUUGAGAUUUGGAGAGAUUUCUUUUUUUGUUUCAUUUGUUUUUGUCCAGCAGUUGCUACAAUGAGUCUUGUGAACACAGAUAAAAGAAGGGAGAGAGAGAGAACAAAAAAAGACUGAACAGAAUUGCUUUCACAAGAAACCAAUACAUCAGUCUGCUGAGAGGAAGGAAUAUAGUGUCUUGUGGUAUUGGAUGUUUUUUUAAAUAACUCACAUUCCUGAAAUAAUCUGUUUUUAUAGGGAUAUAUUGGUGAACAUUGCUGUCUGAAACUGUAGUAGGCCUAGUUAUUUCAGAGAGUGUGUAUCCGUCUGGAAUGCCUAAUUAGAUAUGAGAGUACCCUCUUCCUGAAAGCAGCGAGAGAGUUCCGAUUCUGGACUUCAUCCGGUCCGGUUCUGGCCCAAAUUUGGCACAGAUCUGGUGUGGAAAUGCCGGAUAAAUGCCAGAACUGGGCCAGAAUAGGGCUAAAUCCGUACCUGAGAAUCAGCUGUUCUCCGGGUUAGCACAUCAGAAUGCAGUCGUGUGAAAUCCUGGCAAACCACCAUUCCUGUCGCCGGUGUCGUCGUUUUUUUCUUUUCUCUUUUCAGAAGCUGUGAAAAUAUUUCUCGUUUUUCCUUGUAUCUGUUUUCCACAUAAUGUGCAGCAGUAGCCUAAAAAUAG